GCAUAAACAGGCGAAACAUGGCAACUCAGGGUCUAAAUGUUGCGGAUUAUGUUGUGAUGGCGAUAUUUGUCGGUAUCUCUUCGCUGAUUGGGUUUUACUACGGACUAUGCACGAAACAGCGAACCACUGAAGAGUAUCUUCUCGGAGGGAGGAGAAUGCAUUUACUUCCGGUUGCCAUUUCGCUAGCCGUCACGUUCCAGUCGGCCAUUUCAAUUAUGGGGACGUCUGCAGAAAUAUACAUGUACCACACUAUGGGAACGUAUGGUGACAUUGGGUUUAUCAUGGCAACGAUCUUCCAGGCGUUUGCAAUUGUACCUCUCAUGCAUCCACUGAAACUGACCAGCUCCUACGAGUACCUGUACCUACGGUUCGAGUCCCGGGCUGUCCAGUUAUUGGCAACUGUGCUUGGUAUGCUGCAGACAUUGCUGUACAUCAGUAUUGUUCUUUUUACCCCCGCACUAGCGUUAGAGGCAGGUAGGAUCAAUAAACCCCCGCAUUAGCGUUAGAAGAAGGUAGGAUCAAUAUACCCCC